AUGAAUUGUAGGUCUCCCGUGACCAUGGUGGUCGUGACAUGCGCGACCCGGCUCGAGUUGACCAUGAACAACCUCAAGUCUGCCGUUUCAUUCUCUCGGGCUCCCCUGCGCUUGCUGCUCUACGCUGACGUCGAAAAUAUCAAGCGUCUCCAGGACCGGAUCAGAGAAUGGCCGUCCAGCGUUCUCCAACGUGUCACCUACUCUCUGCGCUUGGUUGAAUUCCCGAUAAAGAGUCCUCAUAACUGGAAGGAGCUGUUCGGACCCUGUGCUUCGCAGCGACUCUUUUUACCCAGUAUGCUUAGUGAGGAGGACGCGGUGCUAUACGUCGACUCCGACAUCGUGUUCUUCCGCCCUGUCGAGGAACUCUGGAGCAUUUUCGAUAACAUGGAUGAUAUUCAGCUGGCCGGACUAGCUCCCGACGUCGAAGACAAUAACGGAAGUGUGUACAUGCACAACUGGAAAACGAGAUACUACGGACGUUAUGGACUAAACUCUGGAGUGAUUCUCAUGAACCUGACCAGAAUGCGUGCCUAUGGCCUGGAGUCCAUCGUGACGAACCUGAUGAACAAGUAUCAUAGUGUCAUGAAAUUGCCUGAUCAAGACCUCCUGAACAUGGUGUUCCAUGACGACCCUGGGAGAUUGUACGAGCUGCCUUGCCGAUGGGACGUGCUUCCUCCGGACUGUCGCGCUCCUGCGUCGUGCCUGGGUCAAACAGCCGCCUCUCUCCACGGAACGGAUCAGUUCUUCGUUUUCCCUGGAAGAGAGCCUGCCUACCAUGCCGUUUUUCUCGCCAUGAAAAAGUACCAGCUGGGGUCAAGUCUGGAGCAAAACUUCAUUGGUGUCCUUGACCGAAGUCUUCGCAGCCUGAAUCAGACUGUGUGCGUCGGAAAGCUAUUGGGAUAUCUGGGACACUGGAGAACAUUGGCGCGCCUGAUGGACGUCGAGAAAGACUGGAAGGCCUCUUAA